CCCAGAUUCAGCGGAGGACUCCUCUUUACUCUGCUACUCGGAGAGCUCUGGAGAGACAAAGGACUGCCGUCGUCUGCUUCGUUGAGAGCAUGCUGACGUUUAUAUUCUGAACGAUCGCCGUCUGAUUCCUAUUGUGUGAUUUUCACCGUACUGCAAAAUGUCCUGAUUUGUCCGUGCGCCUUGCCACACGUCUGGAAUUAUGCAUCUAUUGGAUAGAUCGAGCUCGAUAUGGAUCCAUUUCUUGCUUGCGCUGCUGGGCCGUUAUUGGUGCGCCGCUUCUGGACAGCUCACUUACACCGUCGCAGAGGAGUCAAACAUCGGGACUGUUUUGGGAAAUACGGCAAAAGAUCUGAACAUUAAUGUCCAGGACUUGGAGACUCGAGGGUUCCAGGUCGUUGCUGGAGCCAAGAAAAAAUACUUUGAGGUAAAUUUAAAGACAGGCGCCCUAUAUGUAAAUGAGAGAAUAGACCGAGAGCAGCUCUGUGGCAGUGAGGCAAAAUGUUCGCUUAGCGUAGAAGCGGUCAUAAAUAACCCUUUAAAACUGUAUCGUAUUGAAAUUGUUGUGUUGGAUGUAAAUGAUAACUCGCCAUCAUUUCCCAGCACGUCGCAGAUGAUUAAUAUUACUGAAAGCACGGCAGCCGGAGCUAAAUUUCUGCUGAAACGAGCGCACGAUGCAGAUGUGGGAAAGAAUUCUGUUAAUACCUACAAACUUAGUCAAAAUGAGUAUUUUUCUCUGAAUACACACAAGGGGCAGAGCAUGGCGGUCGAACUUGUACUACAGAAAGCACUAGAUAGAGAAAAACAGUCAGUGAUACGACUCACGCUGACUGCCAUUGAUGGAGGAACGCCAGCCAAGUCAGGGAGCAUGACAAUAACAGUGAAUGUGCUGGAUGUUAAUGAUAAUCCUCCAAUUUUUGGUCAAACGCUGUAUAAAGCCAGGGUGUAUGAGAACGUUAAGAUUGGAACAUCAAUAAUCACUCUAAAUGCUACAGAUUUAGAUGCAGGACAGAAUGGCCAAAUAUUAUAUUCUUUAAUUGAAAUAGAUCAAGGAAAACAAACAAACAUAUUUGCCAUAAAUGAAAAAAACGGAACCAUAACAAACAAAAAGAACUUAGACUUUGAGGAGAAUAAUGCUUUUGAGAUUCAAGUGCAGGCCAGUGAUAAUGCAAACUCUCCUCUCACUUCUAAUGCUAAAUUGCUGAUUGAAGUUUUAGACGUGAAUGAUAACGCUCCUGAAAUUACAGUAACGUCCCUGUUAAAUACAGUUAAAGAGGAUGCAUCCAUUGGCACCGCCAUUGCUCUUGUUUCAGUAUUUGAUAAAGAUGGAGGUAGAAAUGGGAUGGUGAACUGUGAAAUCUCCAAUAACGUUCCCUUUAAAUUAGAGUCAAAUUAUAAGAAUUACUAUUCUUUAGUUGUGGAUGGUCCUCUGGACAGAGAAAAAGCACCUCACUAUAAAAUCAGCAUCACAGCCGUAGAUGAGGGAAGCCCACCUCUCUCCAGCACCAGCGUCAUUCUUGUACAUGUCUCUGAUGUAAAUGAUAACAAACCUCAUUUCACAGAGGACACUAUAAACAUCUUUAUUAAAGAAAACAGUCCAACAGGAGCAGUUAUUAAACCAGUAUCAGCAGAUGAUGCAGACACUGAUCAAAAUGGAAAGGUUAGCUACUCACUGUUACAAGACAAUAGAAACUCGCUGCCACUGAGUUCAAUGAUAAGCAUUAAUUCAGAGACAGGAGAUAUAAUCAGUCUGCAGUCAUUUAACCAUGAGGAAUUAAAAACAUUUCAGUUUAAAGUUCAGGCCACAGACUCUGGUGUUCCUCCUCUCAGCAGCAAUGUCACAGUAAACGUUUUCAUCCUGGAUAAAAAUGAUAAUAAUCCAACAAUUUUAGCUCCUUAUUCUGAGCACGGUUCUGUUAACAGUGAGACCAUCCCUUAUUCUGCUGAAGCAGGAUACUUUGUAGCAAAGAUCAGGGCUGUGGAUGCAGACUCUGGAUACAAUGCGCUGCUUUCUUAUCACCUGUCUGAGCCCAAAGGAAACAACCUGUUCAGGAUCGGAACCAGCACCGGGGAAAUCAGGACUAAGAGGAGAAUGAGCGACAAUGAUCUGAAAACGCACCCCUUGGUGGUGCUGGUUUCUGAUAACGGAGAACCUUCCCUGUCAGCUACGGUGUCUAUUGAGGUGAUGGUGGUUGAAAGCACAGCUGACGUCCAGACUCAGUUCAGACAUGUUCCUAUAAAGGAGGACAGCUUCUCUGACUUGAACUUGUAUCUGCUGAUCGCCAUCGUGUCGGUGUCUGUGAUCUUCCUGCUGAGUCUCAUCAGUCUAAUAGCUGUCAGAUGCCACAGGACAGACGGCACUUUCAGCAGGUACAGCGCCCCCAUGAUCACCACCCACCCUGACGGGAGCUGGUCUUACUCUAAAGCUACCCAGCAGUAUGACGUGUGUUUCAGCUCAGACACACUGAAGAGUGAUGUAGUGGUUUUCCCCGCACCGUUUCCACCUGCAGAUGCUGAACUGAUCAGUAUUAAUGGAGGAGACACUUUUACCAGAACUCAAACUUUACCAAACAAAGAGAAGGUAAGAUCACGUUAA